UUCCUGUAACUGCAGAUAAAGAAGGGCCUGGCGAGUGAUCCGCGGGUCAAUUUUUUGGGUUUGUUCGGUGAAUCCGGCGGGAAUCGGAGCCAUCAGAACCGCAAACAUGACGGUGGGCAAGAGCAGUAAGAUGCUGCAGCACAUCGACUUCAGGAUGAGGUGCAUCCUGCAGGACGGUCGCAUCUUCAUUGGCACAUUUAAAGCUUUUGACAAACACAUGAACCUGAUCCUGUGCGACUGUGACGAGUUCAGGAAGAUCAAGCCAAAGAACUCAAAGCAGCCGGAGCGGGAGGAGAAGAGAGUGCUGGGUCUGGUUCUGCUGAGGGGGGAGAACCUAGUUUCUAUGACAGUGGAGGGCCCACCCCCUAAAGAUACUGGUAUAGCCCGGGUCCCAUUGGCAGGUGUAGCCGGGGGUCCAGGUGUGGGACGGGCAGCAGGUCGUGGUGUCCCUGCAGGAGCUCCAAUGCCUCAGGCUCCAGCUGGACUCGCCGGUCCAGUCAGAGGUGUCGGUGGGCCUUCGCAGCAGGUGAUGACCCCGCAGGGCAGAGGGACAGUUGCCGCAGCAGCAGCAGGUGCAAGCAUCGCCGGGGCCCCCACACAGUAUCCACCUGGACGAGGAGCCCCACCCCCGAUGGGUCGGGGAGCCCCACCUCCAGGUAUGAUGGGUCCUCCCCCUGGCAUGCGGCCCCCUAUGGGUCCUCCAAUGGGGAUGCCUCCUGGUCCCGGACGAGGAGCUCCAAUGGGGAUGCCCCCUCCAGGCAUGAGGCCACCACCGCCUGGUAUGAGAGGACCGCCCCCUCCCGGGAUGAGGCCACCCCCCCGGCCCUGAAGAAGCCUCGCUCCGUCACUCACCUGUUGUAUAGGUUUUUUUUAAAGUUCUGGUUUGCGUUUGUCGGUUUGUUUUUUUUGUUUUUUUUAAAUAAAGUUUGCUCAGGAUGUUUGAUUUCA